CUCAAGGGAAGAUUAGCGACUUCGCUGCUUCCUUUCUUUUUGGAUCCCUCGCACCUGCCUCGUGCCGCCAAUAGCAGGCCUCAGCAGGCUCAGCUUUGAGCCUCGAGUCCACCGCACCUUCCGUCUGCGUCAGCGUCGCGAGCGCGCAGGCAAUAGCUUUCGCAGGCGUUCCGCGGACUCUCCACACUAAUACACGGCAGUGACCUUUUCGAAUCCUUUCUCUAACACGCCGACGCCGCAAGUGCAACCCUUCAUGAUACAGACAUGAUCUCCCCGCAUAACACGCUGAAAUCAUCCUUCUUCGGCGACGGCGGAGGUCAACAAUGGCAGAAGAUCCACUCGCAGCGGACUUGAAUGCUGCUGUGGAGAGCAUAGAAGCUCUGCUGGCGGUGACUGCUCCACAACCAAUCAGUAACGAUAGAAUCCAGAGUCUUUGCAUCCAAUUACGCCAUAUACAGCAGGCUUUGAUCGAACGGGCAGGCACCGAAGGCGACUCUAUAAAUCACGCCAGAAACACGUUUAGGCAUGUUAAUGGCUUCGAGGUACUGCUGCGUGUCCUUCGCAGUGUGUCUGGCUACUACGAUGCGGAAAAGUUGUCUCAGGAUGAGCGCGCGGAAUUUUUCGAAUUGCUGAAGACUGUCUUCAAUGUGCUGUCUGAGGGGCUAGGCGAACACUCCGGUAACAGGAGAUAUUUUGCCAAGAGAGUGGAAGAUGGCGGCUGGAGGGCGUUGGAGCAAGCGUUGAUAAGCAGCGGUCUGGCCGGUUCGAGCGAUGAUGCUAGCACUGGCAUGAGCCAAUUAUUCGGGCUACUCGUGUCCUUCGCGCUGGCCGAUGAUACUUUUCAGUCUAUUUUCAAGAACUAUGGCAUGGCUCAAACAAGUGGCUUCAAGGCAGAAUCCACACCGGACGACAUAACGAAAGAGGUGAAGAAAAUGUUCACUGGCAACGAGUUGCUUCGAAACUCUGAGAUUGUGCCCACUAUCUUCAGCUUCUGGCAGCUGUUCCUCGCGUCUUCAGAUUCCUCGAGCAAUUCCAGCCUGUCCGCGGCUGUGAUCUCAGCUCUGGAUAUAAUUAGCGGCAUAUCCGUCAGAAACUGCGUCAAAAUGCAUGAGGCUGGUCUAUUGGGAAUGCUGCUUCCUUACUGUUUAGACGAUAGCACUCACGUGCAACCUGCCGCAAGACCACUCAUCUUACAGCUAUGCCAAAACCUGAUCAAAUACGGCGUUGGUAGCCUCGAUGAUGCCUCUCUUCUAUACAAGCAAGCCCAACGCUCAGAUGUGGCUGCUCAAUUCUUGCUCGACGCCCUGCACCACUCGCGUCCUCAAUUCAUACAGUUCGAUCUGUCGCUACAUGGCUAUUGCUCUGUCGAGCUACCUACGCUCGGUCGUAUAUUCCCACCUCCAAACACCGGUUACACGAUCAGCACAUGGGUUUGUGUUGACGAAUUUGAUGACAGCUGUCAUACAACCCUAUUUGGUGCAUACGAUCAUACGCAAACAUCAUUCAUUCUCUUAUAUCUCGAAAAGGAUUCUCAUCAUCUUAUUCUUCAGACAUCAGUGACGGCGAACCGACCCAGUGUGCGCUUUAAGAGCGUUCAUUUUAACAAGCAUGAGUGGUAUCACAUCGCGCUUGUUCACGAGCGGCCUCGCUUCAAGGGCAGCUCAUCAGCACAUCUUUACGUUAACGGAAGAUAUGUCGAAAAACAGAAAGUGCUUUGGCCAUCACCACCCCCAACUUCGGCCGAUCCAAGCGGCGCUCCACGUGUGGCAGCUGUCCAGGCAUUUUUAGGGACACCUCAGAACCUCGCACCACGCAUCGGCAGGAAUGUGUGGCACUCAAAAUGGUCAAUGGCCUCAUUUCAUCUCAUUUACAUGGCACUCAACGAUGACAUUAUCGCUGUCUACAGGCAUCUUGGUCCUCGAUAUUCUGGUAAUUAUCAGGAUAUGCUAGCCUCCUUCAUGACGUACAAAGAAUCCGCGGCUAUGAAUCGCCAGAAUGAAAAUAUGCAUCCUGGCAACGAAGAAGGCAGUGACAUGAGCAAGAUGACACGUCAGAAGGCCAGCAAUAUGGUUCCAGAGUCUGCUUUCGCACUCUCCUUUUCCCCGAUGUGGGUUCUUGACAACGAAGAUGCGAAUAAUGUUAAUGAGACACGUCUAAACGAGUCAUUGAGUCGAGACGCCAGCAAAAUGCUAAAACGACUGAUUCGAGCUUGUGGUCAAGCUGUCAUGCUAAACGCCGCAAUACCUAGUAUCAAUGCCGCAUUAACCCACCCACACGGUGUCGCAAUCCUCACAGGAGAACCUGUAGUAUCUGUCCCUCAAUCCCUAGACGAGACCAGCUGGCGUCUUGCUGGAAGCGCAGCAACGGGUCUAAAACUCGUUGAGCUAGCUAAUACCAAGGAUUCUGUGCUGAGAGCCACAGAAAUACUCUUCUCCUCACUUUCUAGCAGCUGGCGCAAUAGCGAAGCAAUAGAACGUGAUGGGUACCAGGUUCUUGCAGGAAUUCUUCGUGAGAAACUUGGAAUGAGCUCAAUUUUCGGAGACAAUGGCGUUGCACCACGUGCUCGCAUCACCGCCGUUGAUGUGGGCGAUCGCGAGGAACUAGCACUAGAGCUGCUAAGGCUUAUUUUGCGGUUUGUGGGCUAUAACGAGCGUGAACCGAAAAAGUCACUCAUGAUCAAUCCAUUGGCAUACAGAGUCUUGCUUAUCGACUUCGACACGUGGCGUCGCGCGCCAAUAGCAACCCAGAAGAUCUACUACGGGCAAUUUCUGCACUUCGCAUCGAGUGACUGCAUGUAUCAUCGCUUCAACGUCAAGAGACUCAUUAGAAUGCGCAUGGUGAAGCAGCUUCUCAACGCUCUAAAAGGUGAAUCCUUCAGCAAAGACGUCUUUCCUGAUUUCCUGGAGGCGUUUACAGCGCUAUUGCAGUGCAAUGUGACCGGCGAUAAUUUGAGGAGCUUGGCAUUGUUCGUAACAUAUGCGUUCCAAGAUAGUAGAGCAUUUCCGAAUCGAUCAUUUUCGCGAGGCGCGAGGGAUAACCGUUCGAGUCCUCUCCACACCUUACAAAGCUCAGCGCAUUCCACCCCUCGGAGCACAAGUCCAGGCACUAAUAAUGGUAUUCCAAUGAAUGCAGUAACGCCAUAUGAAGUGGGUGUGAAGGUUUUGGAAGUCAUGACUGAUCUACUCUGCUCCUCCUCAGACACAGAGAACAUCAUGAAAUUUGCUAAGACAGUUUCGAAUCGGUGGUUGCAGUUCCAACUCGACGAACGUGAUGACGAGCGAGUAAUUGUUCUCACCACUAGGCUUCUCUUUCGCGUGCUUGUCAUUCAGGGUCCUGAGUACACGAAACGAUAUGCCGAGAAAUAUGGGGGAUUUACCAUUUUAAAACACAAGCUCAAAUUUUGGUGGAACACACCUGCGUUGUGGACAUUGUGUUUCGCAUUGAUGUUCCGCAUAGACCCGGCGCUUAUCAGUCUGGAUCAAGAUUUCAAUUUGUUUACGUUGAUGGACAUCUUCUCGCGUAGCCAAUUACAGGUUGCGAAUCCAGAGGUCAUGAUCGUGAUUACUGGCAUGCUGGAGUACGGCUUACACGAACUCAUUCAAAAAGGCUACUCCGCACCUCAAGACGGAAGUGAUAUGGGCACGGGGAAGAGCGAUUCGAGGUUCUCUGUUGUCAGGGAACGCUCAAUGUCGCUUAAUGUUGAUAAAUUCUCCAGGGCAAGCAGUAGAAGCUCAUUGCAGAGACUUGCUGGCGAUGCUGAAGUUCUCAACACAGUCAUCAACUUCAUGCGUGAUUUAUACACCGAAUCUCCUGCUUUCAAGGAAUGGGCAGCGACAUCCACAUAUCUGCAGCAGCUUCUCUUCGUGCUAUAUCCUGUUAUUGUAACGGCCGACAAAGUCUCUGCUGAGACGGAGUUGCAGUCACGUGGUGGAACGCUGACAUUCGAGGGCAAAGAAGUGGUUAUGAGGCCCCAUCUUACAUCGGAGAACCUACGACCGCCAUCUGUCCGAACGACGAACGUAGAUCCCCCACCUAGCCCGACAAGUCAACGCAGUAUGCCGUUCCGUCGGGCAUCCAGCUUCGUACUCAUCAGUACGGAUAAGGAGACUCUUGAGGCAGGUGGAAAGCACGCUAGGUUUAAUGCUGUAAUAUCUCCUUCCAGCUCCGCACCUGUUGAGCUAAGAGUAUCCAACGGUGUCGCCGAAGGUCUUUUGAAGGUCAUAACAAACGUGCUUCUCGACCAGAUCCUUAGGCGCAAAGAUUUCAAUGGUUUCGGCCUAUUCCUCAAAGUGCCUCCUGGUUUUCAAGAACACCAAGCGUACUUUGAAAGCUUUGUGCUCAAAGAGGUAAUGACCUCGCUGACCACCGAACUGCGCAUGAAUUACAAGGACUGGCCGAAGGAACCACGUAUCAUUACAAAUUUGAGCCGGUACGCAUCGCACAUGGCCGAGGCGCUCUUUGAAGGCUGGUUCAUUGGCGCACUGAGCGCUGAGCCACUGUUAGAAUUUGUAGGGCAGGUACUCGAGCAUCUGCAGAGGCCUGAUAUUAGAUGUCUAAAGUCUGUGCGACUGUGCGACGCGAGCGUCCAUACUCUGCAGCGUGUGUGCAUGCGCAUCAUGCUCUACCAACUCUCGUCCGUGAACGAAGUUGUAGACGAGAAAGGCGCGUUGGCUUUCAUGAAAAAGAUGACUUUCUGGCAACCCGUCAUACUUGCUUCGGAAGAGACCCUUCCGAUGUUCUUGAGACUUGUGUUCUACCUGCUUUAUGUCAAGUAUUGCAGCCCUAUUACUUCGGUCCGUAUUGCAGCUCUCGAUUUCUGGCGCUCGCUUCUGGUUCAGAAACCGCACGAGGCGUCUAGGGUGCUUACAGAGGCUUUGCAUGGAGAGCAUAAGCAUCUUGGGCACAAUUUCAUGAAUCUUGCUGAGCUCGAUAACGAUGCCUUCAUGGUGUGGACGGACACGUUUAAGGGUGAGCUGGAUGCUAUGUUCACAGGUUCUUUAGCUAAGGACUGGGAGAACUUCGUGGCAGAUCAGAAUAAGGAGACGGAAAAAACCGCUGAGGGGCGUAUUAGCAAGCGUCGUGAAAAACUCAAGAUGUGGCGAGAUGAAGAACUCAAAGCAGAGGCGACGAUUCGAGAACACGACAAUGCAGGCGGUAAUUGGAGGAGAAAUAUUUACGUUUCCGAGAGACUGAAACAUCAACGCGCGCUACAGGACCAGCAGGACAAUCUGACAUAUACAAGUGCUACACUCAAUAGAUUCGACCAAGUGCUCAAAGGGCCCUGUUCCUUAUAUGAAAAAGAGCAGCCUCCGAAGUGGAGGCUUGAUGAGACUGAAGGAGAACAUAGGAUGAGAUUAAGGGUUGUGCCAGAUCGAUUGACAAGAGAAGACUACCAACCGAAAAGAAAGGCCAGUAGUUCGCUACCAAAGAAACAAGCUUCGCUGAAGCUGGAUACGAAUGUUUCAAUACCCAGUACGAAGGAUCUUGUUGGACCUACGCCGGCAGUAACCUCGAUCCCGAAUAGCAUUUUGGAGCCUGGUCGGCAACGAGCUGGGAGCGCGAGCAAUAGUCCAAGCACGAUGGGACCUGCCGGCGCUGGUGAAGAAGACUAUGAAGUUAUCGAGGAUCCAAAGCAAGAUGAGGAUGGCUUCGAGGACAAGAAUCGCCGAGUCAUGCGCGCCUUAGAGAGAGGAGACCAAAUCCAGCAUUUAUUCAAUGUAUCAAGAAUUAUUGCUUUGGAAGCCUGCGAAGGAUUGCUCAUCUUUGGAAAGCAAUGUUUAUACCUCAUUGAUAAUUUCUUGCAGCGAGCAGACGGAGAAGUCAUUCGAGUCUGGCAGGCCACAGCUGAAGAGCGUGAUCCGUACUUGCAGCUUCUACCCGAUCAGGAUGCAAAGAAAGGGAAACUUAGACAGAGUAUUACGGACCAGACCAGCCGGCAUUGGCGGUGGUCUGACGUAAUGGUUGUCUCGAAGAGAAGUUUCCUGCUGCGCGAUGUAGCGCUUGAGUUGUUCUUCACCGACGGACGAAGUUAUCUGCUCACUGCACGGUCAAAGGAGGAACGUGAUGCUUUGUAUAAAAAGCUUACAGAACGAGCGCCACACUUAGUAUCAUCGUCGGUGCCCCCAUUCCCCGAGGACGCAUGGCGACUAGACUCAUGGCGCCAUCCAGAAGAGAUGUCGCAAGGGUUCCUAGCCAAACUUACUAAUUCAGGCCCGAGGGCCGCAACAAAGCAAUGGCAGAGCGGCGAAAUGUCAAAUUUUCACUACUUGAUGCUGUUGAAUACCAUGGCUGGACGUAGCUUCAAUGACUUGACCCAAUAUCCGGUUUUCCCAUGGGUCUUAGCCGAUUAUACUAGCGAGGAGCUGGAUUUGAGUAAUCCGAAAACAUUCAGGGAUCUCUCAAAACCCAUGGGUUGUCAAACUCCUGGAACUGAUGUGCAGGCACGCGAGCGUUACUUGGCGCUCAAAGAUAUCGGCGGCGACAUUGGUCCAUAUCAUUUCAGCACACAUUACUCUAGCGCAACAACAGUCUCGAGUUAUCUAAUCCGGCUUCAACCCUUUGUUCAAGCCUACGUUGCCGUGCAAGGCGGUAAAUUUGAUGUUGCAGAUCGGAUGUUUGGGUCUAUUCGUGGAGCCUGGGAAGGCGCUUCUGGAAUUAACGCACAAGAUGUUCGUGAGCUAACCCCAGAGUUCUUCUACUUACCUGAGUUUUUGGUCAACCAUAACAAAUAUUCAUUUGGCACUACUGCAAGUGGACACGAGCUGAAUCAUGUUGAACUUCCACCAUGGGCAAAGGGAUCCCCUGAGAUAUUCAUCGCGAAGCAUAGGGAGGCGCUGGAAAGUCCUAUUGUUAGUAUGCACCUACACAAAUGGAUCGAUCUUAUCUUCGGGUAUAAGCAAACGGGCCAAGCGGCAAUUGAUGCACUGAAUUUGUUUCAUCCAUACAGCUACGCCGGCGCACGAAAUCUUGAUGAAGUUGAAGACGCGGAUACGAGGAAGAGUAUGGCGAACAUCAUCCAUUCAUUCGGCCAGACACCGACGCAACUUUUCACAAAGCCGCAUCCUUCACGAGAUGAGCUUGCACACCCAUUCGUUGGGUUAGACACAUCGGCAGACUUGCUCAAGGGCCCUAGUGGGAUACUCCAAAUUCCGGAAAAAGUAGCGCAUAUGUCCGAGAAGCAAGGAAAGCUGCACGUAUCCGGACCAUUUAGGCUACACAUCCCACCAAACUAUGACAAGUUCAUUGAUUGGGGCUUUGUAGAUGGCAGUUUGCGCUUCUUUUCAGAUGACGGCAAGAAACUUCUUGCUAUGUUUGAGCACCUGCACAUUGGUCAAGUAUCUACUGCCCUCUUUGCUGACAGCAGAACACUUAUCACCGCUGGCUCGGACUGUGUGGUAUCUAUCUGGAAUGUGGAGUAUCCGUCGAGGAGCGUCAAUCUAGUUCUUCGCACCUCGCUCUUUGGGCAUCGGCGCCCAGUCACGGCACUCACGAGCUCAAAUCGCUUCAUGACCCUUCUAUCGAGUGAUACGAGCGGUCGUGUACUGAUGUGGGAUCUCAAUCGCAACGAUUUUGUUCGAGAGAUUGAGAAAUCUGGCACAGAGGUACGAAUGGCACGUAUUAGCAAUGAAACUGGCGAUAUUCUACUUGCUCGAGGCCGUAAUGUCAAGGUUACUUCGCUGAAUGGGGUAGAGCUCCUUGAACAGCAAGUUUGUGUAGAGCCUGAAGAUGAAGUAAUGUCCAUUGCCUGGGUCAAUGCUCGAAGGCAUGAGUGGCUGGAUAAAUGCCUAUUCCUCACUGGCCAUCGUCUUGGUUAUGUCAAAAUUUGGGAGAAAGUCGUCACUCGAGAUGGUAAAUGGGCAAUAGUGCUCGUCAGAAGCCUAGAUGCGGGACUUCCGAACAGAGAGAUGACCAGAGUGCCUAUUACGAGCGUGCUGAUUAUGAGGGGCACAGUAUAUGCGGGUGAUGACGCUGGGAGAGUGGUGAGUUUUGGAAGAUUUUCUCGUGGAGGUGCUCAGACGAGUAGUAAGGACGACGACGGCUGGUCCGACAGGGCAUCUGUCUUUACGAUAGGAAGAAAGUGAGGGAUCAACAAAUGGACGCGUUCAUCAUUUGAACUUUGGAUGAGCAUCGUGGCGUUGGAAGCGUUUGAAAAAGGAUUAUUUAUUCAAAGAUUCCUGCACUAUAGAAACAGCAUUAACGACUCUAGACAUUAACAUUUUCAGUUUAGCUAUAUUGCUAUUCCUCCAUAUAUUCAUGUAGCUG